UGCAAUGGUGAUCGGGGGCGAAUCUUCUUGGGGUCCAUACAAUGCCGGUUACUCCACCUCACCGACGGGCUACCUUCCCAAUUACCACGGCACCGAGCCGCCCACUUUCGAAUCGCCUGUAAAUACUCAUGUUCCUGCAUUCUCCGAGCACUCGGCGAUCCCCAACAACGAGUACAGCAUGUACUCGACCCGGAGCGCCUCGAGCGCGGAGAGCGACCCGCUGGCCACGUACCAGGGCAGCGGCGGCGGAGGCAGUCGCUACGACGGCGGCGACUACCAGAACGCGAGCGCGCACUGCACGCCCACGCCCGGCGGCGCCACCUACUGGACCAACAACGGGACCACGGCCCAGGGCUACAACUACCCCAACUACUACGACGGCAACGGCGGCUCGACGGCCGUCCAGCCGUACGUGGCGCCGCACCCGCACCCCCACCCGCCGCCACCCCCGCCUCCGCCCCCUCCGCCGACCAUGGUCCUCUACCCGCACCUCUACUCGACGGUGAACCAGAACCAGAUCCACCUCCACCUCCACCACAGCGAGAUCAACAAGCCGAUCGAGCAGUUCGCCGAGGACGUCUCGUCCAUCGUCGGCGGCAACAACCUCACCAUCAGCUCCGGCGGGAACCGCGGUAUCGAGAUCGGCAUCCUCCACCACAACCAGAUCCAGGAGGAGGCCCAGGAUGUCGUCAUCACUCGUUACAACGACAGGCAGCACGCCGAUCCGUCCGUUUGGCGACCCUAUUGAGCUUUAAAGCCGGAGUGAGGGCGGAACGCAGAUGCUGUGGGGCGAUUAUUGAACUCGAUAGACAAACCAAUAGACGAAGAAGACAAAAGAGAUCGACCAAUCGGUUGAAAAGGAUGGUUCCUAUAUACUAAGGGAGGAAAUGGUGGACUAGCUGUGGGGACUAUCGCGGGUUGCCGUUAGUUAGUCGACUACGUACCCCCUUUGUCCGUUGCGACCACCUGCUUCUUCCAAGAGGAUCUCUGCAUAUUCCUUUCGUCUUCUUUGUCUGCAGCUUUGUCUAUCAAUUUCAAUAAUCGGUCCGCUGGUCAGCUACGGGAUGACCUUGGACUACCGCAUGAUCUGAUUCGGGAACUUUGUACCUUCAGACCAAUACAAAUUAUAAGUAAUUGAUUACAUCAAACUUUUGCAUGAACCCGUGCAAAAUUCUUGAUCACACUGUUGUGUAUAACCCAUUCUUCGACAAAUGAGUAUAACCCAUUCUUCGACAAAUGAGUCCCCUUCUUUAUCAUUUGUCCGGAGGUUAAGUCAUGUUAAGAUCACGGGAGAAAAAAUCGGAAGUAUUCAACUUACUUUAGUAUGAUUUUGAGCAAAGCCGCGAAGUGAGCCUUUCAACCGAGCUCGAGCUCUUUCUGCAGAGAGGAUCAGUUGGGAGGAUCAACAUGAUUUCCACAUGUGCUUGCUCAAAUGUGCAUAUCAGACUGACCGAUUCGGGUAAAUUAUCUUCACUGUAGCAUGAGCUCGGGCGAAAUGAUUGCUUCGCGUAAGUGCUACAAAUCAUUGGAAAGGAAGAUAAACUCUGCCGAUUUUUUAAUCUAGUGACUUCGUACACUUCACUAAUAACGUUUUCACAGGAGCACCCUGAAUUUAAUAAGAGGGAGGCCUCUCGCAGGGUGGCUAGCGAAAGUUCAUUUUAUCAUCCCCUGCUUUCUUAUGAAAUCCUCUAACUUUUUUACUAACGAUAACGAUAUGGGCACAUAAUUAACGUGGUUAAAACGUUGGCACAACAACGCAACUAGUUGGCCCGUCACGGACCCGAUUUUAAAAUGAAACCCGACUCCACAAAAAAUUCUCUGACCAUUGAGGAAAUUCCCUGAGUUUUCACGGUCGAGUUGCAGCAUUCCACGACUUUCCCCGGUCGCUAGCCACCUCGUCUUGGAAAAAAGAUUUGGAAAUUACAUCUUCAUAUAACUUCGUGAAGAAAAAUGUUUGUUUACUUUGAACGAGGCUAGGCUCUUGAUUCUGAACCGUACGCGAUAAAGUUGCGCCUGGUCACAACCCAUUCACUCUGAGAAACUUGGGGUCAAAAUUCACGUUCUACCUUCGCGUGCUAUGUCUAAGGAGGUUCGACUUAAGUUGUGGUUAUUAUGAUGGUUUGAUGACUUUCACAAAGAAAUUCUGGAAAAGGUAUAAUAUGUUGAUAUGAGAAAUAGUUUAUAAUCAAGGAUUCUAUUUUGGUUCAAUUUUUUUCAACUCCAAAAGACGAAGCAAUUAAAAAAGAGACAACUCGCUAUAAUUUUUACGGACCGAGAAUUAUUUCACAAGAUUUAUUCGUAAGAUUAUAAGAUCUGUUUUUCGACGAGAAAUCCAUGCGUCCAUGCAUUGAGACUGAGUCAGAUGAAACAUUAACGCACAAGUUGUACUCAUGUGACCCUUUGUUUAGUCGCAGUUAUUUGGGUACUGCAAUGAAUUAUUGGACGAGAAUCAUGUCAAUUGAUUUUUACUGUGAUUGUGUAAUACGCGAGAAGUAAAAAAAGUUCUCGUUUUGAAAAUAAAGAGGGAAAAAAAGGAAAACAGUCAGAAUAUCACAAGGCGUGUGAGUGAAACUAAGUGAAAGUUCAUCCAAAUUUUCGGAUCAUGAAACCUUCAGUCAAUGGGGGUGGGUUCUUCCGUUACACUUUGCGUUAUGUAAAAAUCAAAAUUAGCGAUAAUUAUUACUUUAGUUGAAUUAUUGUGAUUAUACUUCAUCGUUUAAAAUAUGUACAUUUUUAGUAGAAAAUAUUUUCUCCUCCUGUUCAUUUUUGUUUCUUCGUGUAUAUUCUGUGUAAGUAUUGAUGUAAAUGCGCUUUGUAACUUGGUGUACAGUUAUUUGAUGAUUGAUCUCGAAUAGCACAUUGUUAAGAAAAAUUAAAUGAUGAAUAUUUUAAAGUAACGUGUA